AUGAACGUGUUAAAAUCUCCACUGUGGCAACAUUGGCUACGAUCCAGCGUGCUUCCGUAUGGGACAACUUCGAACAGACUGCUGAGUGCACAGGCCGCGGUCGAACACGUAGAUCCGGAAUGGUCCACGGCGAAACCGUACGAAUCUAUCCCCACUCCGUCCUUUAUGAAGAUGGCCCGGAUGUUUGGCAAAAAUGGUCGUUACGCCAAUCUGGAUCUGGUGGAGUUGCAUUCCCGCAUGUGGGAAGAUUACGGUGAUAUCGUUCGCUUUAAGGGAAUGUUUGGUCGCCGAGAUAUCAUUAUGACGUACAGCCCAUCUGACAUUGAGAAGGUGUUCCGCAACGAGGGACAGUGGCCGAUACGCCGUGGGUUCGAUAGUUUUGCGUACUACCGUACGCACGUACGACCAGAUAUCUUUAGCGAGACGGGCGGUCUAGUCACGGAACACGGCGAAAAGUGGCAGAAGGUGCGCACCAUCGUAAACCCGGUGAUGAUGCAACCGAAAACAAUUAAACUUUACGUCGAUCAGGUGGAUGAAAUAGCGCGAGAGUUUAUGACACUGGUAGCAGGCAUGAGAGAUGAGAAGAACGAGCUACCGAAGGACUUUGAUCAGUGGCUUAAUCGGUGGGCGCUUGAAACGAUGGGUGUUCUGGCGCUGGACACUCGGUUUGGUGUGUUGAAGGAUGAACAGACAGAGGAAGCCAAAAAGAUCCUUGGACUUGUACGUAACAUCUUCGAGCUAACGUAUAAGUUGGACGUGGAAAUGUCGCUCUGGAAGUACAUCAGUACACCAUCCUAUAGGAAAAUGAUGAGUGUCUUUGAUGAUCUAACAGCAUUGAUCAUGGCCAAAAUCGAUGAAGCGAAGCAGCGUCUCGAGAAACAACCAUCAAACUCAGCCAAUCAAAGCGUACUGGAGAAGCUGCUUAAGAUCAACAAGCACGUUGCAGUGAUCAUGUCGCUUGAUAUGCUUAUUGCUGGAAUUGAUACGACAUCAUCCGGAUCGACCGGAGUGCUGUACUGUCUAGCGAAGAAUCCGGAAAAGCAGGCAAAGCUGCGUGAAGAGCUGCGUACCAUCUUGCCCAAAAAGGACUCACCAUUGACGGCGGAGAAUAUGCACAAUCUACCUUACCUUAGAGCCUGCAUCAAGGAGGGUCUGCGGAUGUAUCAACCCGUCGCUGGAAACAUGCGUGCCGCCGGUCGGGACUUGGUCCUGCAGGGCUAUCAAAUUCCAAAGGGAACGGACAUUGCCAUGGGUUCCGCGGUAUUGCAGCGUAGCGAGAAGUACUUCCGCCGAGCCUCGGAGUAUCUACCGGAACGUUGGCUUUCCGAACGUCCAGCAGAUGUGCCGAGUGCAAAGGAUUCGAAUCCCUUCAUCUUCCUUCCGUUUGGCUUUGGUGCACGAAGCUGUAUCGGUAGGCGGCUCGCCAUGAUGGAGUUGGAGAUGAUUACCGCCCGGCUGGUGCGGCAGUUUGAACUUCGAUGGAACUACGAUAAGCUGCACUUCAAGCAAGCGUUGAUCAACAUUCCUGCCAAUCCGCUGCAGUUCGAACUGCGGGAUGUAGAUCACUGAAAGAGUGGAAGCUAUGUUUUUUUUUUAUGUUCUACAUAACUGUGUUAUCUGUGAAGGAGAACCCGAACAAACUGUCUUCCUACGACUUGUAACAAAUUCCCAGUAUUGAAGGCGUUAUAUGAGCUCUACAGGGUGGAUCAAAAUAAUUAUUCAACUGCAAAAUACAUCUGAAAUAAAAGUUGACACGUUACCUUUCAAA